AUGGCCAUCAAGGACGACGCCGUCUGGUCGAUUGCUGUCAUGUGGGUCAUGACCGUCAUCGUCUUGGCCUUCACGGUGCUUCGAGUGUACACUCGUGCCUUUGUCGUCAAGUCUUUCGGCGGUGAUGAUUGGGUCUACGUCUUUGCAUUCUUUUGUUUUCUUAUGUACGCAACCUUUGUCAGUGUCGCCGGGGUACAUGGAUACGGCCAGGACAUGAUCAUUGUCCAAGAGAAACCAGAUGAGAUGAAGAAGGCUAUCAUAUAUCUGGCCGUGGGACAGACAUUCGCCAUGGUCGGCAUGACGGUCGCCAAGUGGUCUCUUGGGCUUUUCCUCCUCCGCCUGGUCGAGUCUGCCUGGCACAAAACCUCGAUCUGGAUGACACUCGUCCUCCUGGCCAUCGCCUCGCUCCUCUCCACCUUCGUUUUCUGGUUUCAAUGCUCACCACCCCGUGCCAUGUGGGAUCGAACGCUGCCCGCCACCUGUGCCUUUGCAGAUCUCUUCUUUGCGCUAGUACCCUGGUGGUUCAUGUGGAAUCUGCAAAUGAAUAAACGCGAGAAGCUCAUCAUUCUCUUCAGCCUCAGUCUCGGCGUCAUUGCCGCCGCGUUCGGUUUCAAACGCUGCACCGAGAUUUACAAGCUCGUCGGGCAGAACUUCCUAAAGGACGUGGUAUCAAUCAUCAUCUGGGCCGCCGCCGAAAUCGCCGUCACGAUGGUCUGCAUAGGCAUCCCCAUCUGCCGACCACUCUACAAAGACUACCUGAGCCGCCUUAGUUCCCGAGACACGAGCAAAUACAAAGGUCUUUCGGGGGAGCGAAGAGGAGGGGGAGGCAAGGGGGGAGCGACCGCCAGUGGGGGAUCUGUGCCCCUGCGCACCAUCGGGGGCAGCGUGAGCGCCAAGCGAGCCGACUCAGGGCUGGCAGGAGGCACAACUACCACUGUGUCGAAGGUCUUUUACAUUGGGGAGGGAGGCAGUGACGAGGAGAUUCUGGAUCCCGCGUACAGGCCUGGGAAAUACAGUCCGCCAAACCCUGAGAGAGCUAUUAGGGUCACGGAGGAAUACGAGGUUACCACGAGCAAGGUAUAA